UGGUUAGUAUUGGUAAUUAGGAGUACAAAAAGUAAUUCUUUUCGCUUUCUGACCAUUUUCAGCCAACCGCCACAUCUUCCGGUCGACCCACAGUGCCUCCGUCCACUUGGGCGGCCAAAUUUAUGUUGCAACUAAUUGCAGGCAGUUGCUGGGCUUCCGCCAGCGGCAGACAUCUUCCUUUCCGGAGCAGCCUCACAAAGCCAGAAUCCGGCGACUUCUGACCCCUGACCCCCUGAAUUUUCCCAACGGCUGCGCGUGUGAAAUUUAUCGAGCGUGGAAAGUCAUCGAACACUAAGUAGGCAUGUGUGAGGGUGCCAACUUUAUAAUUGAUUGCUUUAAUUAAAUUUUGAAAAGUCCACCUGCCACCUGCCACCUUGCAGUGCAAAUAGCUCUGGCAUGGAGCAUCGCUUUUCUCGCAGGCGUGUGUAAUUAAAUUUUAAACGCUUACUUGAAACGAAGUGAAGUGCUUGCAAUAAUUACGGAAGCCAUUAGCCAAGGUCCCGAAAGGGGCGGCAAACUGGGUGAAAUAUUAGCAAACAGAUAUGGUCUCCAAGUGGCUCUACAUCUUGGCUCUACUGCUUUUGGGUCUUGCAACCUCGGGUGCCACUUUAUUUCGCUCCGAGUCGCCACAACGGCAGUUGAGCUGGUGGCACAAACAGUACUACCAGUCGCUAUGGCAACAGAGGCUGCGGUUCACAACUACUCCACGGCCAGGAGCCACUCCCGAUUCGGAUGAAACCAGAUUGGUGUAUCCCUGCUACUGCUAUAAGCCAAAUCCCGAGGGCUUGGCCACCGCCACUCCGGUGGAGCAGCGGAUGGUCGAGACCAAGGAUAUAUUCUUCUUGAACAAAUAGCACAACUCGCAGUGCGGUAAUGAAGUGCACAACGAACGAAAUGCAGUUGAAAUAAACCAGGUAAAGUGUUCAUUUAGAAAAGUAAAUAAACUCGUUUGGGUUUUCCAGUAAA